UCCCAUUAAGAUGGAGUCGUUUGUUUCUCAGAAUCUGGGAGAAAUUUUCUACCAAAACUUGAAAGCAAUUGACGCUAAAACGAUAGCAAUGAUCAAUAAAGUUAACAACGAAAGAAUUUCCUACAGAGAAUUGUUCGUCGCGAGUUUGAAAACUGCUCGUAAGUUGAAAGAUAUGGGUAUCAAGGAAGGAGACGUCGUGGGAAUUGUGAGCGAUAACCGCUUAGAGUAUUUUGUACCAAUCUUUGCGUGCUUCUAUCUAAGCGCCAUCGUUCAUCCGACGAGUUCUAGUUAUCUUAUAUCUGAAUUGAAGUUUGCUUAUAGAAAUAGCAAACCUAAAGUUAUUUUCACUUCGAACAACAAUAUCAGGAAAAUAAUAGAACUGCAGAGCUAUACGGAUUACCUCAAGGAUAUAAUAAAUUUCGAUGAUAACUAUUUGGAUAUUAUAAAUGGUGAUGCAAUUUUGGAAUCAAUUGAAAAGUUUUCGGAUUGCGAUAGAAAGACGGCAGCAAUUCUGAAUUCUUCUGGUACAACGGGACAACCAAAAGCAGUGGUUAUAACACAAGGAAACUUGAAAUUUACAAUGAACCAUUUGAAGUAUCCAUUUAUUUCGUAUUCGUCUGAUACCGUUGUUAUAGGAUUGAUGCCCUUCUAUCACUUUUUAGGGUUAUUGCAAACAAUAACAAUUUUUAAUUAUCGUGCUAAGAUUGUUCUUCUUCCGAAAUUUGAACCUGUUCCGUUUUGUGAGAUUAUAGAAGAAUAUAAGUUGUCUUUUUUGUUAAUUGUUCCAUCGAUUGGCGACUUCCUUGCCAAACAUCCCAUUGUUGAUAAAUAUAAUUUAAAGUCUGUUAAAGACAUCAUUUGCGCUGGUGCUGCUCUUGGUUAUGAAAUUCAAACUAUUUUGGAGAAAAAAUUCAACUGUGCGGUGCGACAAGUGUAUGGAAUGACAGAGGUUAGCGGCAUUGCAAUUGCCUGCGUUCUAGGGAAAAAAUGCAAACCAGGAAGCAUCGGUACGCCACUGUCUGAUGUAGAAAUCGCAGUGAUUGAUUCUCAAACGAAAAAUACCUUAGGCGCAAAUGAGCCAGGCGAAAUUUGCGUAAAGGGCGAUCUGGUUAUGAAAGAGUAUUUAGGAAAUGCCGAAGCAACUCGAGCCACUAUAGACGAACGAGGUUUCUUGCAUACCGGCGACAUCGGUUAUUUUGAUGAAGAAGGUUACUUCUUCAUUAUUGACAGAUUGAAAGAUUUGAUCAAAUACAAAAGCUUUCAGGUUUCUCCUGUAGAAUUGGAGGAUGUUCUUAGGUCUCACAACGUGAUAGUAGAUGCCGGAGUUGUUGGGGUACCAGAUCAAAGAGCUGGCGAACUACCAAUGGCAUUCGUUGUCAAAGUGAAAAACUCUAAGCUAUCCGAACAAAAUGUUAUAGAUUAUGUUGCAGAACGUAUCUCCGUUCAAAAACAUCUGCACGGCGGUGUAAGGUUCAUCGACAAACUACCCAAAAGUUCUACAGGGAAGUUACUGAGGAAGCAACUUCGCGAAAUGAUAUAAUAAAAU